GUUAUGAACGUGGUUUCUGAUGAAACUGGAUUGGAAUCGUUUUCAUGAUAUUUGUACAUUUAUACAUAUAUAUAUAUAUAUUUUGAAAUUUUGCAUUUGACUUAAAGUGCCAUGAGAAAAUUUGCCUACUGCAAGGUGGUCCUGGCCACCUCCUUGAUUUGGGUACUCCUGGAUAUGUUCCUGCUGCUCUACUUCAGUGAGUGCAACAGAUGUGACGAGAAGAAGGAGAGAGGGCUUCCUGCUGGGGAUGUUCUAGAGCCAGUGCCAAAGCCUCAUGAAGGUCCCGGGGAAAUGGGGAAGCCAGUCGUCAUUCCUAAAGAGGAUCAAGAGCAGAUGAAAGAGAUGUUCAAGAUCAAUCAGUUCAAUCUGAUGGCAAGCGAGAAGAUCGCACUCAACCGAUCGCUACCUGAUGUCAGAUUAGAAGGGUGCAAAACCAAGGUGUAUCCAGAUGCUCUCCCUACAACCAGUGUGGUGAUUGUUUUCCACAACGAGGCCUGGAGCACCCUCCUGCGAACUGUGCACAGUGUCAUCAACCGCUCCCCACGGCACAUGCUGGAGGAAAUUGUCCUGGUGGAUGACGCCAGCGAACGAGACUUUUUGAAGAGACCCCUAGAGAGCUACGUGAAAAAAUUAAAAGUACCAGUUCAUGUCAUUCGAAUGGAGCAGCGUUCUGGAUUGAUCCGAGCCCGGUUAAAAGGAGCGGCUGUGUCUAAAGGACAAGUGAUCACCUUCUUAGACGCUCACUGUGAGUGCACAGUGGGGUGGCUGGAGCCCCUCCUCGCCAGGAUCAAGCAUGACAGGAGGACAGUCGUGUGCCCCAUCAUUGACGUGAUCAGCGACGACACAUUUGAGUACAUGGCAGGUUCUGACAUGACGUACGGCGGAUUCAACUGGAAGCUCAACUUUCGCUGGUACCCUGUUCCCCAAAGAGAAAUGGACAGGAGGAAAGGGGAUCGAACCCUUCCCGUCAGAACGCCAACAAUGGCAGGAGGUCUUUUUUCAAUAGACAGAGAUUACUUUCAGGAAAUUGGAACAUAUGAUGCUGGAAUGGAUAUUUGGGGAGGAGAGAACCUAGAAAUUUCCUUCAGGAUAUGGCAGUGUGGAGGGACUUUGGAAAUUGUGACGUGUUCACACGUGGGACACGUCUUUCGGAAAGCUACCCCUUACACAUUUCCAGGAGGCACAGGGCAGAUUAUCAAUAAAAACAACCGACGACUCGCAGAAGUAUGGAUGGAUGAGUUCAAGAAUUUCUUCUAUAUAAUUUCCCCAGGUGUUACCAAGGUCGACUAUGGAGACAUAGCCUCAAGGCUGGGGCUGAGACACAAACUGCAAUGCAAACCUUUCUCCUGGUACCUAGAGAAUAUUUAUCCUGACUCUCAAAUACCACGCCACUAUUUCUCUUUGGGAGAGAUCAGAAACGUGGAAACGAAUCAAUGCCUGGAUAACAUGGCUCGCAAGGAGAAUGAAAAAGUUGGGAUUUUUAACUGUCACGGUAUGGGGGGUAACCAGGUUUUCUCUUACACUGCCAACAAGGAAAUUAGGACAGAUGACCUUUGCUUGGACGUCUCCAAGCUCAACGGCCCAGUCACAAUGCUCAAAUGCCACCAUCUGAAAGGCAACCAACUGUGGGAGUACGACCCGGUGAAACUCACCCUGCAGCAUGUGAACAGUAACCAGUGCCUGGAUAAGGCCACUGAGGAGGACAGCCAGGUGCCCAGCAUCAGGGACUGCAACGGGAGCCGGUCCCAGCAGUGGCUUCUUCGGAACGUCACCCUUCCAGAAAUAUUCUGAGACCAAAUGUACAACCACAAAAUAAACAGAGGAAGAAGAAAUUAAGGAUUGACUGGGCUACCUCAGCAUACAUUUCUGCCACCUUCUUACGUAGCAAAAAAGGAAAAGUCUUUCCUGUUCUGCAGGAUGCAAGGUGUAUCAGCCAUUCAAACAUCAGACUCCUCGAGCUUUCCGCCAGCUGUGAACCAGCCUUCCUGUCCGAGGACGGGAACCUACGUAGGAGUGAGACUGCGCACACUGAUGUUUACAAGAUUGAGUCUCCUCAAGAACCAUCGUAAGGCGCACUCAGACAAUGAAGAAGCAACCAGGAAGACGUGCCCGCACAUCAGUCGCUAUUCCGACGGGAUGUGCCGUCGCGGAGAAGAGAUUUCCAAGGUUUCUUAUUUUCUGAUUAGAACUGGUAGCCAGUAUAUGAAAUAUUGAUAUAAAAAUUAAUGAAAAAGAACUGGAACCAGAUUCAGUAUCAUGAAACCAACAUUUUUACAAUAAUAAUUUUAAGAAAAAAAGCUAUAUUAAACAGGGUUUAAAGAAAAUUAAA